GGAAAGUGAGGAAACUGCGUCGGUGCAGCAUCGAGGCUGAAAGGACGUGAUGUGAAUCCUGAAUAGUUUUUUUUUCUCUUCCUCCAACCAGAGCUUCGUCUAAUCGAAUUACAAAUAAAACUUGGACUUGACGGACUCGGCAAGUUAUUCAGCCUUUUUUUGACAUGGCGUCACUGUAUCAGAGAUUCACCGGGAGGAUCAACACCAACACGUCGUUCCCCAGCCCCCCGGAGGCGAGUCACCUCCUCGGGCAAGGUGUGGAGGGGGAGAGGGCGGCGGAGAGCCAGGGAUCCCGGCCUCAGCUCCAGCGUCACAGCCGGAGACACUGCGAGGACGAGGAUGAGCUGGUGGGCAGUAACCCUCCGCAGAGGAACUGGAAGGGAAUAGCGAUCGCCCUUCUUGUCAUUCUGGUCAUCUGCUCGCUGAUCGUCACCUCCGUCAUCCUGUUGACACCAGGUGAGGACAACCGUCUGGCUCUCAAGGGCAAGGUGACGGUGGGAGACCUGUUCAGGAAAGACUGCAAGGUUCACGACCCCAGCGCCAAAUGGAUCAGCAGUUCAGAGCUGCUGUACCGUAAUCGUGACGGCGACGUCGUCAAGUACAACGUCGACACCAAUGAAACGACAAUCCUGGUUCACAACAAAAAGUUUGAAAUGUACAAAGCCAGCAAGUACGAGGUGUCGCCCGACAUGAAGCACGUGCUGCUGGCCUACAACGUCGCACCGGUGUACCAGUAUUCCUACACAGCGUUCUACAUCAUCUGCAGCUUGGAGACUCCGGAGACGUGGAACUUGAACCCUCCAGAGGUGCGGAACGCUCAGCUGCAGUACGCGGGCUGGGGGCCCCAGGGUCAGCAACUGAUCUUCAUUUUCGAGAACAACAUCUACUACCGCUCGACGGUGGAGAGCCGCUCCAUUCGCCUGGUGUCCACCGGGAAGGAGGGCGUCAUCUUCAACGGGCUCAGCGACUGGCUCUAUGAAGAGGAGAUCCUUCGCUCCCACGUGGCUCAUUGGUGGUCUCCAGAUGGAGCCAGGUUGGCUUACGCCACGAUCAACGACACCCUGGUGCCCAGGAUGGAGCUGCCCAUGUUCACAGGCACGCCGUACCCAAUGGGGAAAGAGUACCACUACCCUAAGGCCGGGGAAGAGAAUCCAGUUAUAACUCUGUACGUCGUGAACCUCAACGGACCUCUUCACACCAUCGAGAUGAGAAGACCUGAUGAUCCCAGGAUAGGUGAAUACUAUGUGACCAUGGUGAAAUGGGCCACCUCCACCAAACUGGCCAUCAACUGGUUGAACAGAGCCCAGAACAUCUCCAUACUGACACUGUGUGAGGCCACUACAGGCGUCUGCACUAAGAAACACGAGGAUGAAAGUGAAGGAUGGUUGCACAGACAGAAUGAGAGACCUCUGUUUUCCAAAGAUGGCCUCAAGCUGUUCUUCACUCGGGCGAUUCCUCAAGGAGGCCGGGGAAAGUUCUUCCACAUCUCCAUGUCCAUCUCCCAGCCCAACACCAGUACAGACACGCUGCAGUCCAUCACCUCUGGAGACUGGGAUGUGACCCAGGUCCUGGCCUACAGUGAGGAAAGCCAGCUGAUAUACUUCCUGAGCACUGAGGAUGGUCCAAAGCGAAGGCAUCUCUACAGCGCCGACACAUUUGGUUCGUUCAACCGCCGCUGCCUCUCCUGCUCCUUGUCCGACAGCUGUGGCUACGUUAGCGGCUCCUUCAGCCACAACAUGAGCUAUUUCCUUCUCAACUGCCAAGGCCCCGACAUCCCGUUCGUUGCCAUUUACAAGACGCAGAGAGACGCGGAAAGUGAGACACAAGACAGAGAAAGUAUUACAGAAGUCUACAAACUGGAGAGCAACGAGAACCUGAGGCUGACCUUGGAUUCCAUGCAGAUGCCCACAGUGGAGUACAAGGAGAUCCACAUGGAUGAUUACACUUUGUCGAUGCAGAUCCUGAAGCCCGCAGGCUUCGUGGAGACGAAUCACUACCCGCUGCUCCUGCUCGUCGAUGGGACACCUGGUGGUCAGAUGGUGUCAGAGCAGUUUCACAUAGACUGGAGCACGGUGCUGGUGAGCAGCUUCGGCGCCAUCGUGAUGCGGUGUGACGGCCGGGGCAGCGGCUUCCAGGGAACCAACCUGCUGCACCGCAUCCAGAAGAGAGUGGGCGUGUUCGAGGAGCAGGAUCAGAAGGACGCGCUCAAUUUUAUUUUGAAAGAGCCGUAUGUUGACAAAACCAGAGUUGGGGCUUUUGGACAGGUGUACGGCGGCUACGUGACCAGCUUGUUGGUCAGUGGCGAGGAGACUCCGGUGAAGUGUGGAGCUGUGCUGUCGCCCAUCACAGACUUUGAAUUAUACGCCUCUGCAUUUUCAGAGCGAUACCUCGGAUUGCCAAAACCUGAUCCACGGGCAUACGCAAUGGCAAAUUUAGCACAUAGAGCGUCUCAGUUCAUUGAUAAGAAGUUUCUUAUUAUCCAUCCGACAGCUGACGAAAAAGUUCAUUUCCAACAUACGGCUAAAUUCAUUGCACAGCUCAUCAAUGAAAAGGCCAACUACACUUUACAGAUCUACCCGGACGAAGGCCACUUCAUCCACAGUGAGGCCACGAGGCAGCACCUCAGUCAGUCCCUGGUGAACUUCUUCGAGGAAUGCUUCAGGCUACCGGAGCGAGUGUUUGAGGAGGCUCUGGAGGAAGAGAGCGAAGAAGAGGGUUAGGGCUCCUGCGCCCCCUCCCCCCCCCACCCAUACAGUCAUCUACCACAACACUGGCGUCCCAACAGUCCACAAUAUGCAACUCUCAUCUGCUCUUUCACUGGUUUUGGUUUUGCAUCUGGAUUCCCUGCGUGUCCACCUGUUGAACUUGAGGCGGAUCUACUCCUGCUUCCAUCCUCCUCGUUUUGUGCCCUGAGUUCGAACCCAAAAGGCCGACAAGAGACCGCCGACUCGACCCGAUGUUUUGGAAUAUACGAUGGACAUGACAGGAAGCAGUCUGGACCAUCUCCUCCAGAGCAGUGGAGAGGAAGCACCGGCUCUCACACAGACUUUGACGCUGUGAGGAGAAGGAGCACCGUACAGCACAGAACUCCAGGGCUUGUAUAUUAAUGGAAAUCAGACGCCCGGUGGGAAAAAGAAAAAAAACGCUUCUGUGGGCGACUGGAAAGGAGCAGGAUGCAGGAAAUGUAACUAUUUUUAAAGUCGUGAAGAACUUUCCGUGUUGGACUGUGGUCGUGUCUGUUGUUUUAUGUAAAAUAGCACACAAACAUUCACUCAGCUAUUACAGAGACAAUUUCUUUUUGGAUUCCAUGUUUGCUCCCGAUGUUGGUUUCAUCUUGUUGCCUCAUGUAUUCCAGUGAUUCCGAUUGAACUGAAAAGUGUUUGGAAGAAAAGAGUCACGAUGGGUUUCUCAAUGUUCGUUUUAGAUUCUUUUUAACCUGGUUUUAACAAACGUUCUUAACAGAAACUUGUUUUUUGGUCACUGUGCCUUACUUUAUCAGAACACAUCCUGCUGUGGGACUCAUUCUAUUGGACUGGUUUGAUGUUUGAGGAGAUAUAUGUUUAUGUGCGAUUGCUCCCACUCGUUUCCAUCCCGAACAAAACCGAAGUCACAGCCUCACCAGCCAAUUAGCUUAGUGUUAGGACUGAGGCAGAGCUAGUUAGGGUUAGUUAGCUGUAGAUCAAUCUGCCAACCAGCUGCACACUGUGAUUUAAAGAAAAGGAAAUACAUCUUCACACCGAGGUUAAAAAUGAACAGAAUCAAGAAACCAGAGUUUAUUAUCGAACGCUACCUAAACUUUAAAUCGAUGAACACGUGGAACAGGGUUUGAAGGCAGGAAGCCGACAGGUGAGUCGCGUUAUAUUCUGAAAACACAUUUGCUUCAGAGUCCAUCUCAUGGAAAAUACAGAAUAUAAAAGGAUGAAUUACUGAGGCACAAGUUUCAUUUUCCAUGUUUCUAAUUUCUUUUUAUUUAAAUGGACAUUUGUGUUACAUUCCAGUGCAUGUUCAGAAGUUUUUUGCAGCACUACCCCCCCUCCCUCCCCCCGAUCAGUUCCACAUGGUACUUUUGACAUCUUGAAUGUUCCUUACUGGAUUGCAUAAAUUACAUUUCCAGUAGUAUUGUGAUUGAGAACCCAGUCUCGUCAGCUUGAUGUGUAAAUGUUAUUCAAAUAUCAUUUUAUUCUAAAUAGAGAAAAAAACAAUAUUACCUGAGUGUUAUUUGUGCAUAAAAGCAUUUUGGAAAUUA